AUGGAGAAAUCGGGUAAAAAGAAGAACGACGACUAUGUGGUCGCCAGACUCACGGGAAAGACCACGGUCAGUCGGAAGAGCCGGAGGAGCCGAAUCUCGCGGAAGACCAAAACAUCGUAAGUUGCUGUCGGGAAAAUAAUGAAAAUCAAAAAAAUUUCUUUUUUUCAGUUUUUCACUUUUUUCCACCGAAAAAUCAAUUUUUCAAACUCAUAAAACCAAAAAAAACCUAUUUUUCUGCUCUGUUUUCCCACUUUUUCCACCAAAAAAGCAAAAAAAAAUAAUGAAUUUUUUCACUUUUUCAAUUUUUCCUCCAAAAAAUCAAUUUUUUAAACUCACCAAACCAAAAAAAACAAAAAAAAACUUUUUUUUUCAGUACCCACAAUGCGCACAAGACCAAGACUACGGCGCCGCGCCCCAACAAUUGGAAUGAAGGUAUCCCCCGGAAGACCCGUCUUCUGCCUCCAAUCAAGCCGGUCGUCCACCGUCCGAGGAACAUGAUUCUGUUGGUGCGGAGCGGCGAGUCGGUGCGGAAUGCGUUCCCGGACUUUGCGCGCGAUUGCUUCGUCCCGACCAACGAGCACAAGCUGCGCUACCACAUCAACAACAUCAACCUGCCGCUGUCGAUUCCGCGACGGCCCCACGAGGAGUUUGCGUUGGACCCGCCGUUGACCGAAAUGGGGCAUUUGUAAGUGCUGCUAUUCGCAUAAUAUUUUCAUAAAGUGCAUGGACAUUUUUGGAAAAAGUUCCUCAUUUUGGCCACAACAAAGGUACUCCGCGAACUGCGCCCAAGCUUGGGGACUAAAGUUAGGAAAAAAACGCUUUGACCUAGCUGGCACUGAAUUAUUGUAAUAGCUCUAUAGUUUUAAGGGUACCAACGAACGCUAUGACGACUCAUUUAGUUCCACGGAGUCAAUAAGUUUAGUUCCGGACAUGUUUCAUUGUAUAAAGUGUAAAAUCACAGGCUGCAGCCGUUUUUGAAGGGUAAGGUGGUACUGAAAAAAGAAGGUACCUCACUAACUAAAUCCACUGUCCGGGCAUUGACAACGAUGAAUUGAGCGUGCACGCUAAAUUUGGGCUAAUUGCGACCAGUUUCCGCAAAGUUAUAAGUUGUGGCCAAAAUAAGGAAGUUUUACCCAUUUUUUUGCUUUUGCAUAAUUUUCAUCAGAUUUUGACGAAAUUUGGCACAAACUUUGAUUAAUUUUUUUUCGCUUCCCGACUUUUCGGGUCAACGCAAUAUCGAUCGGUACGGAGCGUAGGGCGGGUGGAUGCCCAAAAAAGGUUGUAGUAGGUGCCUACGAAGCCUGGGGCCAAUGCGGAAAGUUUGCUGAAAGUUAGCUGAAAAUGGUAGGGCGCAGCUCGGAAAACAACGUUUUGCAGCUCGCCGGAGCUAAGUUUCAGCCUGGUUUCGAGCUGCGCCCACGACGCGAGCUGCGCCCGUUUAAGUUCUCCGAGCUGCGCCCUAUAAUCUUCAGCAAACUUUCAGAUAGCGCAUUGGCCCCUGGCAACGCCGUUGGAUGGUCGGCGGGCUCUCGGCGAAGGCUCGGCUGAGGCUCGGCGAAGACUUGCAAUAUGUCCACUUUUUCUAAUUUUAGCUAUUACCAACCCUAGUUUUCUUUACCCUGAGGGACAUAUGUGCCGAAAUGACCGAGAUUUUUGGUCGCGGUAAAAGUUCCUUAUUCUGGCCACAACUUACAACUUUGCGGAAACUGGUCGGAAUUAGCCCAAAUUUAGCGUGCACGCUCAAUUCAUCGUUGUCAAUGCCCGGACAGUGGAUUUAGUUAGUGAGGUACCUUCUUUUUUACGUACCACCUUACCCUUCAAAAACGGCAGCAGCCUGUGGUUUUACACUUUAUACGAUGAAACAUGUCCGGAACUAAACUUAUUACUUCUUUAUGGAACUAAAUGAGUCGUCAUAGUCUUCGUAGGUACCCUUAAAACUAUAGAGCUAUUACAGUAAUUCAGUGCCAGCUAGGUCGAAGCGUUUUUUCCUAACUUUCGUGUCAAAGUUGUGGCCAGAAUAAGGAACUUUUUCCUUGGUCGCAACUUGGCAUAAAUGUGUCAUUUUUUAAAAUUUUCCUCACUUUUUUAUCGACUCGUUUCUCACUCUUUUUUCAGCACCACCCAAGCCCUGGUCGAGUUGUUGGUGGAAAACAGGAUUCUCAUCCACAAAAUCUACAGCGCGCCCUCGUUUCGCUGCGUGGAGACGGCGGAUUUGCUGACCGAGGCGUUGCAUCCGUCAGCGAAUGAUGGGAAAGUCUGUGUGGAGCCGACAUUCGCGGAGUACGACCAUUUCCCGGAAAUUGUGAGGUUUUUUUUGAUGGAUUUGGAAAGAAAAUCCCAAAUUUGGGAAAAAGUUCCUUAUUCUGGCCACAACAAAGGUGUUCUUCGAACUGCGCCCAAGCUUGGGCACUAAAGUUAGGAAAAAAGGCUUCGACCUAGCUGGCACUGAAUUACUAUAAUAGCUCUAUAGCUUUAAGAGUACCUACGAAGGCUAUGACGACUCAUUAAGUUCUAUACGGAGGCAAUAAGUUUGGUUCCAGACAGGUCUUAUCGUAUAAAGUGUAAAACCGCAGGCUGCAGCCGUUUUUGAAGGGCAAGGUGGUGAGUAAAAAAUAAGGUACACUAACUAAAUCCACUGUCCGCGCAUUGACAACAAUGAAUUGAGCCUGCAUGCCAAAUUUGGGCUAGUUCUGUCCAGUUUCUGCAAAGUAGUAAGUUGUGGCCAGAAUAAGGAACUUCUACCCAAAUUUGUUUUUUGCUCGAACUUAUAAAAGUUGUUUUUUUGCCGUAAAAGAAACUUUAAAAAAAUCUACAUGCUUGCUAAAAUUUAAAAAAAAAUUGCAUAGCACCAGCCAAAUAUUUAUUUAUUUUUUCAUUUUUGCCCCUCUUAGUCCCUUUCCAUUUUAUUUUUAUUUUUUUUCCAUUUUCAGCCAGCUUUCAUGAAGCCGAAGGAGCUCUCCAUGUACGGGCUGAAGGUGGAUGAGUCCUACAAGCCGUUGGCCAAAAAAAUUAAGGAACGAAAGGAACACAGCAAGGACGUUCAUAUGCGUGUCAAGACUGUCAUGAACUGCCUGCACAAACGCGAGCCGAUCCGGAAUCCCAUUGCGAUUGUGGCGACGCCAACAAUCCUCCAGAAUAUUUGUGAGUUUGAUUUUUAUAAUAAGUGUUUCGCACUGUGCAAAAAUAAUUACAAUUUUUUUUUGGGUAAAUUUCCUGCAUACAGCGACGUACCUGAUCCAGUGGCAAAAAACGUACCAUUUUGCAUCCGGGAAGUAUCAAAAAAUGUGGCAAAACGCCUCCCUCUCCAAGUGAAAAAAGCUCCUUUUUGAAGGGCCUCACAAAAAGAACGGGCGCGCUUUUGAAAUCGGAGUUUUUUCCACUUGGAGAGGGAGGAAUUUUGCUACAGUUUUUGAUACCUCCCGGAUGCAAAAUGGCACGUUUUUGCCACUGGAUCAGGUCCCCACUGUAUUGACCACAACCCAAAAAAAUCAAAAGCCCUGAUAACUUGAAAGGAGAGCGAACUGCGGAGGACAUUUUAUACAAUGAAAGUUGGCUAGGCUCAACACGCUGAGCUCAGCUUAGGCUUACAGGGCAAGUGCUCCAAGUGCGACGCUCAGAUUUUGAUGAAACUUGGCACAAAUUUAGAAUAGGUUUCUCUACGACAUAUGCGAAAUCCUAGCUUGCGCUUUGCAAAAACGAGAUUUCGAGAUUUUUAGGUCGAAAAUUGGCAAAAAGAUGAUUUUUUUGCGAAUUUUUGCAUGUAAGGUUUCAUGCAUAUUUCUACCGUAGAGGGUAAUUUUACCACAGAAAAUCGUUUUUUCCGCCCGACAAGAACUGGCAAAGACUCGGCAAAGAUCAUGUUUUUAUCUCUUAUCGCGCUCUUCAUUUCGCGUAAUCUCUGUACCUCAUCAAAAAAAUUUUUCGUAAUUUUUUUUCUAAAAGUUCCAUUUUUCAGCCUCCUGCCUCCGCCGCGACAGGACUGGAAAGGACGUGCCGGUGGAUCGCCCCACUGCCAUCCGUAUGUCCCCACCAAGUAUGGUCCAAGUGCUGUGUUAUGAAGAGAGAAGAUGGAGACUCCGCGAGGAUUUGAUGCCCAAGUUUGACUACAAAUAUGGAUGCAACUGGAAGUAG